GCGUCUCGCCGGGGCCGGCUGACCCCGCUUAGCUCCGCCCCCGCUGUGGAAGGGCGGCUGCCAUGGGCGGCUGGCGCUGUGAGGGCGGAAGUUAGUUGUCUGCUUCCGGAGCAGCCGAGCCGGUCGGUUCAGCAAAGAUGGCGGCUCCCAGGCGGCAGUGAGUGCGGGGGCCGUUUCACCGCGACUUCUGCCCGGCCACGAUGGCGCUGAGGAGCCGGGGGCUGCUGCUGGGUGCCGCGGCCGGGAAGCUCCAGGGAGCCGGAAAAGGGCUUCGUUUCAUAUCUGCUGUAGCCAGCUUCAGAACCACUGAGGGUGAAGUGGACACAAAGGAAAAUGAGGUUGUUGCCCCAGAUUUCAUCAACCGAAAUCCUCGUAACUUGGAGCAGCUGGCACUAGCAAGGAAGGAACGGGGCUGGGAAACAACAUGGCCCAAGAGAGAGUAUUGGCAUAGACUACGGCUUGAGCGGACACAGCACUAUGUGGAGGCCUUUGUUGAGCAUUGCAGUGGGAAUGUCAUUGUCUCAGCCUCCACCCGUGAGUGGGCCAUAAAGAGACAUCUGUACAGUCCCAAGGGAGUGGCGGCAUGUGAAAAUAUUGGGCGUGUGGUGGCACAACGCUGUCUGGAAGCAGGAAUCAACUUUGUGACCUUUAAAGCUGUUAUCCCGUGGGAAUAUCACUGUGACUCGAUCCAGCGAUUUCAAAAGGCUGUGACAGAUGGUGGUGUCGUCGUGGGUGAGCCUCGAAGAAUCUAUCAAUAAGAUGAAGACGGUGGGCAAAAUUUCUUAUAAAGGACUGUCAAACAACUGCUCUCAUACAGGAGUGGGCAAAGAAGUAAUUCAGGCCCAGAGCUGGGACAACAUGGAGCAUAGCAUCUUAUUAUAAUAAAUAAGUGAUGCUGAUUUUUUUCUUUUUGUUGACUUCAACUCUAACUUGUUCAAAGAUUUUAAGGCUAGAAAAAAUCAUUAUGAUCUAAUCAGGCCACAAUUUCACCCAGUAACUACUCCUUCAAGCCCAUAUCUUGUGGUUGAGCUAGAUCAAGUCUAGAUUUGUAGACAUCCAGUUUUGAUGUAAACUUCAGGUAAUGGAGAAUUUACCACAUCCUUUGGUAUAUUUGUCAAUGGUUAAUUACACUCACUUUGUUUAAAUAAAAUUUAAAAAAACCCUUGCA